UAAACAGACGUCUUGUUGCGUUUACCACCACGUGCAUUGAGAAGACUGUAAGGAGGACUGCACGUGUUGGGAGGACUGCACGUGCUAGCAUCCAUCAUGACCACCACCGCCAGCUGUCCAAUCCCACCCGCCGUUUUGAACGCUCGCGCGACUCUGAUUGGUCCCACUCUAGUGUACACGUGUGCGAACGGUUUCCGGAUGUCCGGCGGGUCCGGAUCACGGACAUGUUCUAAUAACACGUGGUCCGGGUCUCCUCCAGUCUGCUCACUGAUCAACACCAAGUCAGUGAUCAAAAACAGUUUCCUUGGUAACUCACACGUUCCAUGGUGGGUUCCUGUUCUGUUCGCCACGUUCUUCGGAGUGCUCCUCCUGUGUUGUCUCCUUCUGUUCUGUAUCUCCUACUGCUGUGGAUACAGACUGCCCUGUCAUCGUUGUUGUCGAUGCCCUAGUCUGACGUCACGCCGACGACGUGGUAGUUACGACAGCGAAGACAUUGGUGGUGUGUACAUACUACCACACGGCAACAACUCACGCAGACAACUGAAUGCACCAAGGCGCAAUAUUAUCAUUCACGAUCAGAGUAACAAACAGGCCUUCCACGAAUCACCCGAUACACAGAGAGUGCGAGUUAAGAACGAGUAUUUCACGAGACUACCUAACGGCGACCUCAUACCACACACUAAGCCAACUGCAUACCGACCUCCAAAACACGCGGUUCUCGAAGAACACUACCUGCGCCUGCCCAACGGCGAGCUGGUCCGGGUUGACAAGAAAGAUGUGAAGAACUACAAAAAUACAACCAGACACACGACUUCUAAUUCGCCCAGUUUAUACGACUCGAACCAGAACAUGCAUCACAGCACUCCAGCCAGGAACAAAAGAUCUCAUAAUCUGACAUUCUCUGAUGACGGACUGGUUCCGGUUGAUUCACCAUACGACUCGAAGUCUUACAACAUCGUAGACCGUGUCGUAGAGACUAACCGAACCCAGCAAGCGAAAGAACUCAAACAAUGGAUGCCGCACACUAAAGCUGUGCGGGACAUCAACACCAGCACCAAGUGACACGGAAGGCUCCACCAAGAAAUCAACAGCAAUACAUAAACUGUCUGACAAUCAACCAUCGUGAACAACCACUAGGUCCAGCCACCGCAACGGGCUGUGUCCAAGUCAUGAUGUUCACCGUUUAGUAAAUUAAACGGACAGUCCUGCAUUCUAAGAUGUUUGUGACCAAUAAAAAAUUUACCAACUAAAAUUACAUAUCAAAUAUAUUUUCUUGUUUAAAACAUCGGUGUCUGUAUAUUAAAAGUUAAUGUGUUUCUCAUCGUCCUAGUAUCUAUAAGUAGCCAUAACUGGAUUUGGUCUUCAAAUAAUUCUGUACAUAUCAAAAAUAUUAUUAUAUAUUAUAUUAUUAUAUAUCAGGACAUAAAAUGAAGUCUGAACUAGUAAAAACACUAGGGCAAUCACAAACACAUUUAAUGUAUACCCACUAAUAGUUUAUGCCUAAAACAGAUAUAAUAUUAUUCAAUAUCUAAUUACACAAGUUAUAAGUCUGUGUUAGUCAGCAACAUCUCAACAACUACAGCAAACUCGGAGUAGUCGAUUUAACAAUUUCUAAAAUCUAAAAUGAAACAAUUUAAAAUAUUUGUUUAUGUUAUACAGAUUUGCAUCACUGCUAUUAGAUGUAUGACCCCCUACC